AUGCUGCAGUUGCCAAAAAAAAUACAGAGGCCGGCCACUUCCAGGAUUGAGCCUCCAAAGCCCCCAGGAAGCUCCUGCCCCUGCCCCUUCUGCCCACUGUGGACAACACCGAGGAGCUCCCCACUGAGACCCCGGAGGAAGAAGACUUCGAGGUGGUUGAGACGUCGCCGUCAUCGCCCAGCUCGAAGACCGGAAAAUCGAGGAGCUCGUCCUCGGUCCACUCCGAAAACCUCAACGGUCGAGGACACACCAGCCCCUGCAAGACCUGCCAGAUCAGCACCGGCACUACCCAGGCCUACACCGAAACCUCGUGAUGAGUCCAAGCCUGCCUCCAGUACAAAACCACAGCCCCAGCCGCCCACACAGAACAACUCACCGACCCCUCAGCCUGCUGCCCGCAUUCACGAGGACUUCAAGGCAGGAAUAUCACAGUUCCUCUCCCAGCUGACCAGCAUGGAGACCCACUUCAGGACGACAGACCGCUUCAGCAUACCCAACUACCAGGUGUACCGCACCGACAGGCAGCUCCAGAACAUCCGACCCCAGCGGAGGCUCGGCGAUCCUAGUACAUCGACGAGUGACUCACCGACUCCUGGCAGCAGUCCCUGCCCCAGGAGUCGAGAUCACUCGGGUUUGCCGUCCAGUACAGUGGAACUGAACUGGAGAUCGCCUCCGUGUAUAAUUCCGCCUCAGCGGAUCAUCCAGCCACGCUUGCCUCGAUUGCCCUGCUGCGACCUUGGCUCCCCUGCACUUGUUGCCGGGGACCUGAAACGCCAAAACACCUGGACCUGGGGACGCCGGAACACCAAUUCCACCGGCAGAGAUCUCCACCACCACGUGCCAGUUGUUUUUGACUUCCCGGACGACGGAGCUCCAUCCUAUCCUCCUACUCGUCCCAACAAGAUCAACUGGCACCACUAUGCAAACUACCUCGCAGACCGACAUCGGCCACCACCAACUCCUGCCGAGUCACCAGACCAGCUGGACCGACAGGUACUCGACUUGACCACCACCCUCCAGGAAGCUAUGACGGCCUCGUCAUCCCCUCUCUCCCGGACCGACUUCACUCCACCUCUACCCGAGGAGCUGAGAGAGGAGAUACGUCUUCGACGCCAGACUGCGAAGGGAACAAGCGGACGGCCGUCACCUGACACUCAACGGUGGCGACAUACCAUGGAAGACGACAGUGAAGUACCUGGGGGGUACUUCCUGGACUCCAAGCUGACCUUCACUCCCCACGUCAAGAGGAUCUAG